GUAGUAAGUACUACGUACUGUUACGGACGGUUGAAUCACGUGGUGCCCGUGCCCACCUCUCACGUUACCUUGCCUCGUUCGCCAGAUGGAUGAAGAUGAGGCUGCCAACAAGCUCCUAGAAGAGCAGCAAACACCUACGCGUCGAAUUGUAAUUCUUUCCUACUGGAUCAUCAUCUUUGUCAGCGUACCUUUAUGGUGGUAUACGACUCGCAUUGAGCGCUUACCGCUUGCGGAGAGCCAGGUGCACGACGAAACGGCAAGGAAGAUUGUGUUCCCAGUUUCUGCUUGCUCCAAAGGGCCGCCUCAAGCGCGCCCCGUAAUGGCCCAAUUGGCCGAUUUGCUUGAGAGAGAACCAUUCCCAGACGGCGUCAACUUCACGUGGCUCACCGAAUGUCCCAAACACCUGCCUCUAGAUGAUGCUACCCAUUAUACUCUCUCCAUUCUUCCCUCGCAUGCGGGGGGACCAGAAAUAUUUGUGCGUGGACGUGAACUGACUUCGAAAGUUCCCUUAGACGUGCCAUCACAAUCAACCGACGCCGUUAUUCGUGCACUUAAGUCCCUCAUCAAUCCUCUUUCACCGCCAGUCAAGGCACAAUAUUCGCCAACAUAUCGCCUCGCAUUCUCGCUUUUAAAUGAGGACUCGUCCCUCGGAGGUUUUGCUAUGGCAUGGGACAUUGAGGCUGCGAUUACCCGGCACCUGCGCCGCUCAUUAAGGGAGCUUUCUAUGAUUUACAAGUUCACCAUCGAGAGUCAAGUUCAGUAUCAUGCUCCAUUGGCCUUCGAGCCCCAUAUUGUGACCACCAUGAUGGAUGAUAACGCGUCUGCUCCAAGUUAUCAUCUGGAUCAGGACCAUAUCAAGACAUUUGUGAACUCCGAAGAAUGGACACUCGCCUCGACCAUCAACAAUGACGUUGUUCUGCAUUUCCUACUCUUCAUACCCUCUGUAGGGCACAGACCAAUGAAGGUCAUCAAAACCAACGGCACACCGUCCAGCGCGAACGCUUUCGUGAUCCCACAGUGGGGCGGGAUUGUCAUAAUGAACCCCCCCGCCACUCUCCAAAACUCGACGGGUUACAUUUUAUCCGUUGAGGAUUUAUUGCAACCAUUUACGCUCUUCAGGUCUCAGCUUUAUGCGCUUCUUGGCGUCCCUGAACUCCCUCCUGUGUUGAACUCUGCGGAUGAUCCCUUCACCCUAAGUCAAUGGCAGAUUGAUUAUUUGGUUCGGACCCGGGCACUCGAGAAUGUCAAGCACAGCCAAGAGGCUUUGGAAAGUAUCGUAACGCUUGUUCACCAAAUACAGGGUAUGCCAGUGAAAGCAGACGUUCAGAAAUAUGUCAUGAAUUCCUUAGAUUACCUCGAAAAGGCGCACUCAUCACCGUCGGCCCUGUCGAUAUUGCAAAACUCUAUUCAAGCACUUACCCUCUCUUCUCGUGCAUUCUUCAACCCAGGAAUGCUUGCCAUGCUCUAUUUUCCUCCCGAGCACAAGUACGCCGUGUACACACCACUCUUCGCCCCAAUAUCUGCCCCGAUUCUGGUGGCGACGAUCAAAGAACUGAUAUCUAUGUCGAGAGCUCCCAGGGGCAUCGAACCAGGAAGGAAGGCUCUAAAGUGAAGGGGAAGUCGGUGGGCGGCAGUUAUUCAUUAUUAAUUAUAUACAUGCAAUACCAAGAAAUUUGUUGUAUUCACAUCGAUCUUGUCCUUUGGUUCAU